AUGGUGACAUGUAAACUGUCAAACUGUCGGCUAAUCGUAGCUAGCUGUGUUUUUAGAAAAUAAUGUUAUUUCCUUUGAAAGAUAAAGUAGGCCUAUUAUUUACCCAGAGUGAGAGUGACUAAGAGAAGUGAAGUAAGUGACUGUUUGUACCUGUUGCGUUGAUGUUUCCAUGAAACGGAAAGCUAGCUAGCAGCUUGCUACAGUGAACUUUUUACGGAGCGGUUCGGCGCUGAUAGCCACAGCAGACACCACUGAUGUCGUUAUCCCGGAUUCAGAGUCUGAGACUGGCAGCUGCACUAGAGGACUGUUCAGACCAGUUGGACAUUCUGGGACAUACACUGACAGUGCAGAUCAGCAGGGAGCGAGACACUGCAGCAGCACAGGAGAAAGCCAGGCUGACCAAGCUGAGAAGAGACUGUCAGUACAUCUCGCAGCAGGUUUUCAAGCUGCAUUUGGAGCUGGAGGAGAAGCAGAGUUUCAGUUCUCUGCAGCAGGCGGUGGAGGAAGCGGGGCAGAAGAAGAAGGCUGAGAACAUGCGAAGGGAAGCAAAGAGAGAGCUGGCACAGAGAAGACAGACUGUACAGAGACAGCAAGAGGAGCACCAACGGAAAACUGAGAAACUGAAGGACAUGUACUGGCUCGCCAAAGGCCUGAAGCAUCAGCUGAAUGAGGAGUCAUCAAAAAUUGCCACCAAGAAGAAGAUUGUGGAGAAAAACACUAAGCUGCAGCUCCAGCAGAAACAAAAAGAGACCAGCCAGACUGAGAAGCUGCUGGACGACCAGCUGGAGCUGCUGCAGAAACAGCUGAAGGAGGAGACGAGAGUUCAUGAGAAGUCCAAGACAUUCCUGCAAAAUCAACAUAAGGAGUUGCAGCAGCAGCUGCAGCAGUGGCAGCAGCGCACCAAGCAGAUGCUGCAGGAGAAGGAGCAGCAGCUCAACAGUGUGCGCUGCAAAAGAACAGUGAAUUUGGACAGACUGGUGGAGAUGAGGAGGAAGUUCAAGGAGAUGGAGCAGGUGGUGAUGGAGGACAGGGAGGAGCAGGAGAAACUCUGCCAACAGCAGGCAGAGGCCAGAGCUGCUACCAAGCUGCAGGCCUGGUGGAGAGGCUGCAUGGUCCGCCGGGGCCUCGGUAGUUUUAAAAAAGCAGAGGUAGUGAAGAAAGGCAAGAAGAAGAAGGAAGGAAAGAAGAAGAAGAAGAAAUGAGUUUUCUCCAUCACCCCUUUGAGACAUUGAAAUAAUGUAUAUAAUUCAGUAACAAUAUACAGAAAUGCAAUUCCUGACCAAUGUCAGUGUAUCUUCUUUGUUCUUUAUUUAAAAUUGUAAAAACAUGUUGUCAUUUCAAACAUAUACCCACAACAAAAUAAAAGAAUAAUAAUAAAAGUG